AUGGCCAAGGUCAAGGCUAAGAACACGGUGGUGAAGCUCGUUUCUACUGCGCUGACGGGCUACUCUAGGUUUAUAUCAGUGAAGAAAGGUGCUCCUCUAGUAACACAGGUGCGGUAUGAUCCUAUUGCCAAGAAGCAUGUUCUAUUUAAGGAGUCAAAGAAGAGGAAAGUACCAGAGAGGAAACCGUUGGAUUUCCUAAGGACUUCGAAAUGA